AUGUCCGCUACCCACGCUGACUCGUCAGUGGCUCAGCACGUUGAGACAAGCCCCAACGGACGCUACAUUCGUUACACUGACAUCUUGGGAAGGGGUUCUUACAAGACCGUUUACAAGGCUUUUGACACUGAGGAGGCCCUCGAAGUCGCUUGGAACAAGCUUCAUGUAGAUCGUCUUUCCGCACAUGAUCUUGAGAAGGUCUCAAAUGAAGUCUCUCUUUUACGCCAAGUCGAUCACAAGAACAUCAUUCACUUUUACGACUUUUGGCCUGGGUCUGACGCGAAUGGCAAUCAAACUAUCAAUUUCAUCACAGAGCAGAUGAUGUCGGGUACUCUUAAGGAAUAUCUCAGAAAAGCAAAGGCUAUCAAGCUCAAAGUCAUUCGCAGAUGGUGCUCAAACAUUCUUGCAGCAAUCGCAUAUCUGCACAAUCAGGAGCCACCCAUCAUGCAUCGCGACCUGAAAUGCGAUAACAUUUUUAUCAACGGGCAUGUGGGUGAGGUCAAGAUUGGUGAUCUUGGUCUUUCUGGUGUUAAGGAGCGUGAGAAAGCCGACUCGGUUAUUGGAACCCCAGAAUUCAUGGCGCCUGAACUAUACGAGGAAUCCUACACUGAAAAGGUUGACAUUUAUGCCUUUGGAAUGUGUCUUCUGGAAAUUGUUACAAUGGAGUACCCUUACUCUGAAUGUAAUAAUAUGGCACAGAUUUUCAAAAAGGUUUUUAGCGGGGAGAAGCCUCACGCAUUCAGCAGGUUGGUCGAUGGGGACGUGAAAGAAGUCAUCGCUGCGUGUCUUGAGAAAGAGGCAAGGAGACCGUCAGCCGACCAAUUGCUGCAGCACCCUUUCUUCAGUGAAUGGGAACAGGAUGAAGGCAGCUGGAGCAAUCUCUCUCUCGUGGAGGGCGUGCCAGACACCGCUGCUUCUGCUAGCCUGGAGGCAGCGCCGUCGUCCACCAACAUGCCAAUUGGUACGGAACUCAUCGAUUGGUCAGAUCCGCUGAAGAGGAAUGUGCUCGUCAGUAUGAUUGAGGGGGAGGGUGGAGGAUCAGUCGAUCAGCAAGUCUCAGUGGUGGCCUCAAGAGAGAAUGGAGGGAUCUACAUUGGGCUCGAGAUUCCUAUCCGCGAUGCGAUUAAGAGGGUCGAGUUUACGUUUGAUCCUUUUGCAGACAGCGCACAGCACAUUGCGCAAGAAAUGGUUUCGGAAUUUAGUCUUGGGGUUGAGCAGCUCACCGUCAUACGCGAGGAAAUCGACAGACGCGUGAAGCACGCGAGGCUACAACGGGAAGCAGCAUCUCGAAACGCCACACCGCAACCUCCGGCCCGCCAACUUCCUGAAGCCAGUUCCAGUGUGUCUAUUGAGCUUCCGGAGGAGUCUCUACCCAGCCGAUCGCGUCCUCACUCUCAAUCCAUUCAAUCAUCACUCCUGACAUCUGGGCAAUCGCAACCGGCAGAUCUGGCGGAAGAAAUGCGAGCACCCCAGGUUCCUAAUGCACAGGAGCCAACUCAAAGGGAUGUCGCAAAUGAACCCCUCAGCAUUGUUCGGACUCCCAAUCCGAACGAAAUGGAUGCGCAUUAUGUAUCAGAUGGGGGCGAGACGGCUUCGACAGUAGCAGCAUCUCAGCCGCGUACUGAACAUAGUACGCCUGACAUGCCAGAGGCGUUAAUUGAUCGCACAAUGUCGCACCAGAGUCUCCCUCAUACAUCAUCCUUUCAAAGUUCGCACGCGCACUCCACUACUCCGAUUGAGACGCCACCUGGAAUGCUGUCGCCAGACACUAUGCAACAGGGUCAUGCGGCGCCAUCUGCUCCUCUCGUGACUGCACAUGUAUCUCAUGCACAAGAGCCUGGAAAUGGAGUUGCGCUACCGGAUGUUCCUGGAUCGCACCAGAAGGACCUUUUGCGUGCGAGCAUUGAAGAAGAGACGCCUAUCCAUGUCCAUCGCAGCAGCCCACGUUUCGAGAAUGCCGCGGUCUCAAGCGCUCCAGUUCGGGUGACAGAAAAAGAACAGAACGAAGGACCUGACAACGAUCAAAUACAAUUUGUGUUUCCCCAGAAUAUGGCUGUGCAUCAUACACACAGGCAUCCAGAUCCGCAUACUGAGCAUCAUCCUCUAGGGCCGCUUUCGGGACCUGAUGAUCGUGAUCAAGGACCAACGCAUCAUAUUUCUCAUUCCACCUCUGACACGCAACUACGUCCUCGGCCUACGGUUCCUGUGAUUGAAACGUCGGGCAGACCAAUAUCAACACCCGUUCGUUCAUCUUCAGCCGGAAUAGACGGGCAGGCGGAGCGACAAAAGGAGGUGAUGCCGGCGCAGACCCUAACUUUCCAAGGCCCAGAGACAGAACCAGUCAAAACUAUGCAGCAGAUGAGUCAGACUCAGUCUUCGACGGACGCUGGAAGGUUUGUCCCGCCGCGACAGGUAGAAGAGGGAAGAAUUCACUCCUAUCCCUCAAGCAACACCGGACUACCGCGGUCUUCAUCAGGUGGUAUCCCGCAAAUUGUAGUAGUUCGCGGUUCGGAUAAGAGUGGCGGUAAGAGCAGACCACGCCACGCAGGGAAUGAUUUUGCAUCUCCAGCAGUAGCUGGGUUUGCUUCUGGGGAGGUUUUACCAAUGACUGCUUUCUCCAGUUCACAGAACAGUGGAAUGAGUAGAGGUUCCCCUGAUCACGUGGCUGGGACUCAUGGCGGGCAUGGUAAUGUGUCUUCAACUGGAACUCAUCCUAAAGAACUUGUGCGGAGUAGCAGUUCCAUGAGUCAACAAAGAAGUCCCGCAGGAAAGGCAGCAGCUCUGAGAAGCAAUUCUUGGAAAAGUUCUCAAUCCGAUGACAGCGGGAAUAAUCUGGUUCCUCGAGUUCCGGCAGGUAUGGUGAUUGGCAUCGAACACGAUGAGCAAUAUUACUUGAUGUGUCUUAGACUAAUGGAUCAUUGUGCCAAAGGCCGCGUGCAUGAAGUAGAAGAGAAGCUGGAUGCCGGCGCAGAUCCAAAGUUUUCGGAUUACGAUAUGAGGACACCCUUGCAUCUUGCUGCCGCGGAAGGCCAAUUACAAGUUUGCUCAUUGCUUCUUGAUAAAGGAGCACUAGUUGGAGUACGGGACCGUUGGGGAAACACCCCUUUGGGAGAUGCAGUGGAGAAUGGUCAUGCGGAAGUCCAGUCUUUGCUAAGAGAUUAUGGAGCGAUUCAUGAUGACAGGGUGCACAAUGUUGAGAUGAUUCAGUCGGCAUUAAUGCGCAGUGCGGCUGCGGGGACUGUGGAGGCCGUGCGCUCGGCAAUCGUUGCUGGUGCAGAAGUCACCCUGUCUGAUUACGACAGGCGCACCCCCCUCCACCUAGCCUGUUCUGAGGGUCACUAUGAAGUGUCUGAACUUCUGCUCGUGAAUGGAGCGUCAUCGGAAGCUCGUGACAGGAAAGGUCGAUCCCCAGUUGAUGAUGCUGUCAAUAAUGGGCAUCGCCACGUGCUCCGGUUACUAAGACAGUACGGUGCGAAUAUCCCCCGACACUUGUUUGAAGCACAACCUGAACUCGAGAACCAAAGAGGCAUGGACUUGGUAGAACAUGCGGCGCGCGGCAGCGUGGAUGCAGUCAGGAAUGCCUUGGGUCAAGGUGCGAAUCCCAAUUUCGAAGAUUACGACAGCCGGACUGCUCUUCAUUUGGCGUGUGUAGAGGGACAUUUAGAACUUGUCAAGGUGCUACUGCACGCUGGAGCUCUUCCCACAGCAAGAGACCGCUGGGGAUCUACUCCAGCGGAAGAGGCUAGAAAGGCUGGGUAUUCAGAUGUUGUGGACGAGAUUGCCAUGUGGAUAUCAAAGAGGAAACAUCGGCAUGCAUCAAUUGUGUCGUUCGACGACUCGGUUAUGAAUGGCCACGACCGCACUGCAACGCCACCGGGAGAAAAGGACAGCGCACACUUUGACCAGCUCAGACAUGGAAUCGCAUCGAGCGUAUCUCUGGGUGCCAUUCCAUCGCUCAAUCUAUCUGCAGAUGACUUCGCCGCCAGAUAUCCGCCGUCAAGUGCCCCUUCCAAUGGGGAUGAGGCGCAUAGUUCUUGUGUGUCUUUGCCACAAUCAUCUUUUGAUCGAACGAAUGAUUUCUCUGCUCCUGACACCUUGGAUCAUGAUGAAAGACUGAUUCGACAAACGUUUAAUGCUAAGAGACAGCAGUUAGAGGAAGAACAUCAGAAGGCAAUAGAGGACCUUAAGAGAAAAAAAAACGGUGAAGAGAGCAGGAACCUUCGCAGCCCUUCCGAGGUGCCCGUUGUGUCUGUCAUAUCUUCUAGCCAGGACCCGAAAGGCACCAGUACUUCUCCGGAAAAGUUGCGGCGAAUUGAAAAGAAUGCGUCAAAGCCGCCCGUGGUAGUAUCUUUCGGCCCUCUUCCGAACGGGACUGAAGAGUCAAAGAGGGCGGCUGCACGCUUGGCAAAUGGGGGUCGAGAUUGGGAUCAAAUGAAACUGGCGUCAGCUGUCGAGGAAAGAAACGCCCGUGCACUUCCUCACGAUAGGAUGAAGAGGGAGCUUCGGCCAUCUCAUGUGAAUCCUGAUAUUCGCUCCAUUGUAGAUACAUUGAUUGAUGCGGCAUCCAACAAAGGAUGA